AUGCAGUUGACUGUCUUGACCACCCUUCUCCUUACCACCUCCGCCUUGGCCGCUCCCCAGGACAUUGGCGACAUCAUCUCCGGUGCUGAGAGUAUCGCCCAGACAGCCGUGAACGGUGGCCAGAGCGUCGCCUCCGAUGUCGCCAGCGCCGCGACUUCUAUCGCCUCUGCCGCUGAGACCGGCGGCGGCGCUGCCUUCUCUUCCAUCACCUCGGCAGCGGGCGCCGCGGCUACCAGUGCAGAGAACUGGGGCUCCUCCGUCGCCUCUGAUGCCCAGAGCCGGGGCUCUUCGAUCGCCUCUGAGGCCAGCUCCAGGUUGAGCCAAGACCUGACCACCCUGACCGGCACCAAUGGCCAGCCCACCUCGACUGCCACCGUUUCCACCACUUCCUCCGCCAGCAAGUCCGACUCCACCACCACCGGCAAGUCCACCUCCAGCUCUUCGUCUUCUUCCUCUUCCUCCUCGGCCGGUAGCGCCUCCUCCACCUCCAGCGAUGGCGCCGGUGCCAUGCCCACUCCCUUCAGCGUUGGCGCCGGUGUCGCUGGUAUCGCUGGUGUCUUGGGUGUCAUGGCUGCUCUGUAA